AUAAAGCAAUCAAUAAAACAUGACAGUCAAAAAAAAAACAAAACUGCAAUACAUAAAACAGCAGUAAAAUGCAACAGAUGGUAGACAGGUAGAGUUGGCUGUCAUCCGCGUAGCAAUGAAAUUAAAUGUUAUAUUUGCGGAAAAUACUGCCAAGAGGGAGGAGGUAGAUGAUAAACAGAAGAGGUCCGAGCACAGAGCCUUGAGGUACACCGGAGGAGAGGGGGACUGGUUGGGAUGUAAAUGUUUUCAGUUGAACCAACUGAGUACGGCCAGAGAGAGAUGGUUUGAUCUGUCAAUGAGGAUGGUGUGGGAGAUUGUGUCAAGGGCCGCACUCAAAUUGAGAAGGAUGAGGAUGGCCAGCAGCAGCUCUGACUCUCUGGAUGGACCUUGCGUAGAUUAUGCUAAAAGCUAUGAUGCAGUCGUCUUUGAUGUGCUGAAGGUGACUCCUGAGGAGUUUGCAAGCCAGAUCACUCUGAUGGAUGCACCAGUCUUCAAAAUGAUACAUCCAGAGGAGCUGGCCAGCUGCGGAUGGAAUGGGAAAGAGAAACACAGUUUGGCCCCCAAUGUGGUUGCAUUCACACGCAGGUUCAACCAGGUGAGCUUUUGGCUGGUGAGAGAAAUCUUAACUGCCCAGACGCUGAAAAUCCGAGCAGAAAUACUGAGCCAUUUUGUCAAAAUAGCAAAGAAACUGUUGGAGCUGAACAACCUUCAUUCUCUGGUGUCAGUGGUGUCUGCUCUGCAAAGCGCUCCCAUCUUCAGACUCAGCAAAACUUGGGCGUUGAUUAGUCGUAAAGACAAGGCGACAUUUGAGAAACUUAACUAUCUGACAUCCAAGGAAGAGAACUACACCCGCAUGAGAGAAUACAUCCGCUCUCUGAAGAUGGUGCCCUGUAUUCCUUACCUUGGAAUAUACCUGUUGGACAUGAUCUACAUUGACUCAGCCUAUCCUGCAUCAGACAGUAUCAUAGAGACAGAGCAACGGACCAAUCAGAUGAACAACCUUCUGAGGGUCAUCUCCGACUUGCAGAUGUCAUGUAACUAUGAUUACUUGGUGACUCUGCCACAUGUCCAGAAGUAUCUGUUAUCAGUUCGCUAUAUAGAGGAACUCCAGAAGUUUGUAGAGGAUGACAACUUCAAGCUGUCUCUGAAGAUUGAACCUGGCAACAGUUCCCCUCGCAUUGCUUCUUCUAAAGAAGACCUGGCAGGGCUCCAUGAAGUGUCUGCGUGUCUGAGGUACAACCGACGGCCUACUUGCCCUGACGCGUCUGUGGGGGUUCAUAUCCCCACCCCCCCUCCUUCUCACCACAGGAAAAGCCAUAGUCUGGGAAACAAGUUGCAGGGGCAGCAGGCGGAGCCAAACGCCUCUGACAUCCUCUCCUCAGCAACACCUUCCAGCUCCUCCUGGGAGACCCCAAGGCAUUCCCUGGCCAGAUGAGAUAUGUAAUCCCUCCAGUGUGUUCUGGGUCUGCCCUGGGACCUCCUACCAGUGAGACGUGCCCAAAACACUUUCAGCAGGAGGCGCCCAGGAGGCAUCCUGAUCAGAUGCCUGAACCACCUCAGCUGAAAGGAAAUAGGAAUACAUGUAGGAGUAGGAAGGAGGAAAGGAAACUCAUAUUGGCCACUUUUAUCUGCAAUCACAUUGUUUCAGUCAUUACCCAGAGCUCAUGACUAUAGGUGAGGGUUGGGACCAGAGAUGGGAGACUCGAGUCACAUGAUUUGAUAAUGACCUUAGUGUUCUUUUAUGUCAGACAUGUUAGUAUAUUGCGUACCUUGACAUGUUUCCGCAAAAACUUCCGCCUUCUUAAAAAUGUCACUUGGUCAGACUCGAGUUGCAAAUAUGAUGAAUUGAGACUUGCUUGACUAACGUUGAUAAAAGACUUGCUCCAGGUCCAAUAAUUUCCUCUGCAUUGGUGUCAUGCUCCACAGUGACUGUUAGCACCCAGCCCACUGUGGGUCAAUUAGGGAAUGUACUAAAAUAUACCAACCGGGCUGCAUGAUGUGUCUGGUUUAUGCACUGAUAAGGGACUGUUCUUAACUUAUCAGAGGAGGAGGAUGGCUGGUUGAUUUUUGUUUUAUUUAUUUAUUUUAUUUUGAUUUUGAUCCCCUCUAUCCCCUCCUCCUCUGAUAAGUUAAGAACAGUAUUUCACGAUGGAGCAGCACAGCGCCUGCAUCACUGCAGAAGCCGCAUCAAACUGCCGAUCCAUCUCACACUCCAUUCUGUCCUCACUUGUGAACAAGACCCCAAGAUACUUGAACUCCCUCACUUGAGGCAGUAACUCCCCCCCAACCCAGAGGGGGCAAUUCACCAGUUUCCAGCAGAGAACUGUGGCAACACGAGGGGGUGAUUAUUAAUUUAUAUAUUAGGUUAUCUCUUUACUGACAACGCCACCUUGGGGUAGGGCCCAAGGACCCAUAUUAAAGGUGAACUAUCACCAGAAAGACACUCAGGUUCGUUCACUCAGGGAGGGCAGGAGAUGGAGUUCAAUGAUCAUAAAAAAAAAUAUUUUAUUAGUUAAAACAACGGGGUUUGGCACAAUAACCAAAAAGGAGAAGAGAGCCCAACUAAAGGAAGGGGAUACAGACUGAGGCUUACCGGCUGGAGGAGGGGGUGACAAGGGGGAGUGAAGUCCAAAAAGAAAAGGGAGAACACCCCAAACACACAGCAAAAACGUGAAGUGCACACAAAGCAAAUCUUGAACAGGGGUCACACAGCACACAGGGGAUCACCACCAACCAGAGAAUCCACCACCACCACUGUCGGCCUUCAGCUGUAGGGGAAAAAGGAGAGACACAGUCAAGGCUCAAGGAUAAGAAAAAAAAAGAAAACAAACAAUAUCCCAUAACAUAAGGAAACAAAUUGUAAUGAAUUAAUAAACUGACAAACAUGGAUUUAGAUCAAUAAUAAAUCAACCAAACAAAAGAAACACAAAGGAAACCAAGGAGUCUCUGGCCAGAGAUAUCAACUCAACAGUUAAAUCAUAACUGAUAUAACACAAAUAACUGAGGACUCAAACUGAGGAGUUCCCCUCCCAAAUGAAACUUAAUUACAAUAUAUUCCCCGAAACAAAACAAGGAACUAAACUAAGAAAUUCAAGAGAAUCGACCAAUACUUAAAUAAGAAAAUAAACAAAACAAUUAAGUCAAACCUUGAUUAACACUCACACAUACACACGCACAUACAUACGCACACACACACAGCCCAGUCCAGAUGGGUGGCUGAAAGUCCUGAUGGAACUCGUGGCGUCCCACUGAUCGGGGAGCCCGGUCAGCACAAGUGGCAGCCACACACAUCCAGCAGCACCACACUCGCAGAAGCAGGAGAGCGAGCCGACAGCACGAAGCAGGUUGACACACACGCAGCCGACAGGAAGCCCAGUCCAAGCCGGCGAAGCAGCAGCAAAAGUGAAACAGCGAAGCAGCGGUAGCCGCGGUAACAGUAGUAGCAGUGGCAGCAGCGGCAGCAGCAGCCGUGGCUAAGAGUAGUAACAGCGGCAGCAGCAGCCGUGGCUAAGAGUAGUAGCAGCGGUAGCAACGGUAGCAGUAGCCGUGGCUAAAAGACCAUAAUUAAACAGCAAGGCUACUUAGCUUAGCGUCCGUGUUUUCUGGUGGCCAGCUGGGUAGAACCGGCGUCCGCCCAAAGAGGGACAGGGGUGAAGAGAGUCACUGCGGCAGGGGAAGGCAGACAUCGCGUAUCCCACGUGCAGCAGGCUAUGCUCCGGUCGGCAGCGAUAGACCACCCUGGAUAAUCACCUCGACUGCAGGUGAGACGCCAGACCUAAUAAAAAGGUUACAGUUUCGGAUACAUAACACGCAGCCGAAUGUAAAUACAAUGCUAAGGUGUGCAUACCUGCGAGCGGCGAGUGCAACAACCUGGAAGUGGGCGGGGCGAAGAGGCAGAAAGCGAGAGGUCAGGAGGAGGGGCACGGCCUUCCUUUAUCCCCUUCGCCUGAACGGUGAUAGGCUAAUAGCCCAGAAAGGGCGUGGUGAAGCCGUGACUUGUGUUCAGUGUGGCAGUGGUAUCUCAUACCACUACAGAACCAUGGCCUCAGAUUUGGAGGUGCUGACUCUCAUCCCGACUGCUUCAAACUUGGCUAAAACCGCCCUAGUGCAUGCUGGAGGUCCCGGUGUGAUGAAGCCAACAGAACAGCAUAAUCUGUGAAAAGCAGAGAUGCAAUUCUGAGGUCCCCAAACCGGACUCCUUCCUCCCGCCAGCUGCAUCUCAAGAUCCUGUCCAUGAAUAUCACAAACAGGAUCGGUUACAAGGGACAACCCUGGCAGAGGCCAACACCUACCAAGAACCUGUUUGACUUUACGCCGAGUAUGCAGACAGCUCUCACUUUGGUCAUACAGGGACAGGGUGGCUCAUAGCGGUACGCAGUACGUGUACACAGUACCCCCUACAAGACCCCCUGAGGGACGUGGCCAUAAGCCUUCUCCAAGUCCACAAAUUACAUGUAAACUCCCACAACCCCUCCAGCAGCAAGGGUAAAGAGCUGGUCCACUGUUCCACGGCCAUGACAGAAUCUGCAUUGCUCAUGAAUCUGAAGUUCAAGAAUCAAUUGGCGCCUCCCUGGAGCACCCGGGAGUCUGAGCUGUGUGAUACCCUUUGAGUUGGAGCACACCCUCCUGUCCCCUUUUUUGAAAAUGGGAACCACCACCCCGGUCUGCCACUCCGCAGGUACCUUUUUUUUUUUUAAGAUUUUUUGGAGGGGGGGGCUUUUUGUCUUUAAUGGACAGAACAGAUUGAAAUGGGGUGAGAGAGACAGUAGGGGUUGACAUGCAGCAAAGGGUUGCAAGCCAGUGUCGAACCUGCGACCACUGCAGCGAGGCAUUGCCUCUGUACAUGGGGCGCCAGCACUAUCCACUACACUACCAACGCCCCCUACUCUACAGGUCCAUACCCGACCUCCACACGACACUGAAAAGGCUUGUCAGCCAAGACAGCCCAACAGUGUCUAGAGCCUUCAGCAUCUCAGGGCGAAUCUAGUCCACGGGGAGCUUUGAAUACCUCAGCAACCUCUGCCAAGGAUAUGGGCGAGACUUCCCCAGAGUUUUCAGACCUUGCCUCCUCCAUGGUGGAUGUGACGGCCAGGUUCAGGAAUUCCUCAAAGUGCUUCUUCCACUGCUUGAUGAUGUCCCCAGUUCAGGUCAGCUUCUCUGCGGAGCACAGCCUGACACAAGCCCUGCUUUCCCUUCCUGAGGCAUCCAACAGUCUGCCAGAACUUCCUUGAGGCCAACUGAAAGUCUUUCUCCUUAGCCUCCCUGAACUCCUCCCACACCUGGGUUUUUGCUUCAGCGACUGCCACAGCUCUUCUGGCCACCCAGUACCUGUCUGCUGCUUCAGAAGACACCUGGGCCAGUCAGAACCAAAAGGCCUCCUUCUUCAGCCUGACAGCAUGGUUUGGACACGACAAGCACCGACAACCUUCCGACCACAGCUCCUAGUGGCCACCUUCACAAUGGAGGCUUUGAACAUGAACCACUCAGAUUCCAUGUCCCACAGGGGCCUCAGCCAGAUGUUUCCAGUUCACCCUCACUACACGUUUGGGUUUACCCGGUCUGUUUGGCAGCCUCCCCCGCCAUCUGAUCCAACUCACCACCAGGUGGUGAUCAUUUGACAGCUCUGCGGACAACACACGUCCGCAGAUCUGAUGAUAUAACCACAAGAUCAUCGAUCUUUUGCCUAGGAUGUUCUGGUACCAGGUACACUUAUGAACCUCCCUGUGCUUGAACAUGGUGUUUGUUAUAGCCAGUCCAUGACUUGCACAGAACUCCAAUAACAAAUCACCACUCGGGUUCAGGUCAGGCAGGCCUUUCCUCCCAGUCACCCCUCUCCAGGUUUCUCCGUCUUUGCCUACGUGAGCGUUGAAGUUGCCUAGAACUAUGGAGUCCCCAGCUGGCACCCCUUCCAGGACACUGCCAAGAGACUCCAAGAAGGCCGGGUACUCCGUACUACUGUUCUGUGCGUACGCACAAACAACAGUCAGAGACCUUCUCUUUGCGACCUGCAGUCGCAUCGAAGUGACCCUGUCUCUCUCUGGGGUGAACCCCAACAUGUCGGCACUUAGCCAGGGGCUCAAGAGUAUCCCCACACCCGCCCGGCGCCUCUCACCCUGGGCGACUCUGGAAAAAGUGAGUGUCCAGCCCCUCUUUAGGAGUUUGGUUCCAGAACCAGUGCUGUGCAUGGAGGUGAGCUCAACUAUAUCUAGUUGGUACCGCUCCACCUCCCGCACCAGCUCCAGCUCCUUCCCCACCAGAGAGGUGACAUUCCACGUCCCCAGAGCCAGUCCAAAACGCCAGGGAUCAGCACAUCAGGGGCCCUGCCCCUGCCUGCCGCCCAGCACACAAUGCACCCAACCCUGAUCUCUGUCCAUCUGCAGGUGGUGGGCCCACAGGGUGACAGAUCCAUGAUAUCUUAUCGGGCUUCAUCAAGGUCUUCUUGAAUUGCUCUUAGUCUGGUCCCUCCCCUGGGACCACUUUGCCUUGGGAGACUCUACCAAGGGCUGUUCACAAGGACAUGCAAUCCCCUCCACCACAUUAAGGUGGUGAUUCUCGGAGGAGUCCAGUGGUGUGUGGAGGGAAUCUGCAUCAUCAGUGAUAUCUCAAAAUCAGUUUUGGGCCCAUAAAAUUCUUUUUCAGCAGUGAUACUUGUCACAGGGCAUGGAGUGUAUGUUUGUUUGGGACUAAAUUUUCAAAUAAUCACCAGCUGGACAGUCAGUGGGUUGUUGGUUUUUUUUAAUUCACUUCACUGCCAUCUUAAUUGGCCUCUUUGUCACUUGCAUCAGAAUCAUCUGUCUUCAUUUCAAAAAUAACUCUCCAUUUUGGAUGACAUCAGUCACGUCUUGCAACUGUACAAAAAGACCUUUCUCUGCCAGUGGUACUCUGGAAUGGAAAAGUUUGUAUGAUUCUUAUAUGAUAAUAAUAUAAGAAUCCCAUAUAUCCUAUAUUGUACUAGCUAACUUGAGGAAAGUUAGGGUGGUGGACCAAAUGUUCAGGGUAGAGAGAUAAGUAUUUUUAAGGCUAAAUGAUUUUAUUGCAAAUUAAGCCAAAACAUAUUUACGCAUAACACUGAAUGCACACUAAACUGUCUGGCUAAACUACUAUGCUUUUUUACUCAUCCUACUGAAAGGAACACAUGCAUUCCCCCAGAACACUUACAUCCUCACAUCCAGGAACACUUCUCACCUGUCCCUGAACGAUGCAACAAGCAUCCCUCAAAACAUCCUGAACAUUUAGAACCUGUUUUUGCUAGAUGCCACAAGCAGCUAUUUGGGAUAACAAACAAAGCCCAGAGAAGUCUUGAUUUUAGUUGUAAAAAAAGUUACUUCUGUAUAGAAAUUCUAUUUAUAAAUUACAAGCUCAGAGUCAGUUAGUUAUUGAUACAGAACUACAGGGAACACUAGGACACAUGGGUAAAAGCUAAGUAAAGGCAGCAUGAAAGAACAUCUUGGUGUCCAAAAAAAGAUUUAUUUUAACAUAACAGGAAUCAAAAACAAAAACUACAGCAAUAAAAUCCACUAUUCAUCCCAUGCUGCCAUGCAAGCAACACAGAGCAAUAUACUUAUUAUAACUAUUUUCUGACACAUGCAGAUAUGCAAAGCAACAAUAACAUACAAGUUAGUGAAAUGGUAUUGCCAUAAACCAAACACACGUCAUGCAGCACAGUUACAGUAAGAUACAAUGAUAUUAUUAGGUAACAUGAUAUGAAAAGUAACAGGAAAAGAAACAAGAACAUGCAUUGUAACAUCUUUGACCCCCUAAUCUCUGUGUUUUUCUUGUUCUGUAAUGGCUUAUUUCUGUCUACAGCAUGAUGUGUCAGUAUGGCAUGUCAGAAAGCAGGAGUGCCACGUUUCCCAUAGACAAAGCACGACACCUGCUGGAUGACAGCUUCUUAGAGUCUCAGAGUCCAGUCAGAAA